AUGUCGUCCACAUCUACCUCUCUUUCCUCCGCCGUCCUUCCCACCCGCCUCAUCCUCACCACCAUCGGCUUCGCAACCUCCAUCGGUGGCUACCUCGCUGACUGGAAUGAGACACAUGUUUUCAAUUCUAAAUGGAGCGGUCAUGCCAAAUUCCACAAUGGCCAGACCAUGUCGACUGGUUUAGGACUCGGCCUGCUGACAUGGUACUUUACCUGGCGCAAGACAAACACAGGGACAAGAGAAGGAGUCAUGGACAACCUCAUGAUUGCUACGGUCAGUGCGAUAUUAUAUCCAGGCGCAAAAUGGGUUGAUGAUGAGUUCAAGGAGAAGUACGGAGAGCCACAGAAGAGGGGAGCCCCGGUGAUCACCGGAGUGUGCUGGGCGGCCUUUGGUUUGGGAUGGUGGAGGGUUAUGGGAGGUGCUGGGAAGGGGAAGAUUGCUUGA